UGCCCGCACGGCCGCCUGGUUCGUGGAGUCGGGAAGGUGACGUCAGGUGCGAGCGUGGCUGCGGCGGCCGGUCUGCGCUGUGUGUGGUACCCGACAUGUCCUCCCUGCACAAGUGCCAGGAGGAAUGGGGCGAGCUGGAGAAGGAGUUCCAGCAGCUGCAGGAAACACACAAAGUGUACAAACAGAAAUUAGAAGAACUAAACAGCCUACAAAGUGUCUGUAGCAGUUACAUUAGUAAACACAAGAGGCGCCUGGCUGAUCUGAAAAGCAAUCUUCGCAGGCAUAAAUACUCUGCAAGUCUAGGAGAGACUGAUCUUAUCCAACAGAUAGACGGCACAAUCAAAGAACGGCACAAUGUGUUUUUUGAUAUGGAGGCUUAUUUGCCAAAGAAAAAUGGAUUGUACCUGAACUUGGUUCUUGGAAAUGUGAAUGUCACCCUUCUAAGCAAUCAAGCAAAGUUUGCAUACAAAGAUGAAUAUGAAAAAUUCAAACUCUACUUGACCAUAAUCUUGCUCCUGGGAGCCAUAGCAUGCCGGUUUGUGCUUUACUACAGAGUGACAGAUGAACUGUUUAACUUUUUAUUGGUCUGGUACUACUGCACACUGACAAUAAGAGAGAGUAUCCUGAUUAGCAAUGGCUCAAGGAUAAAAGGGUGGUGGGUUUCCCACCAUUAUGUCUCAACAUUUCUUUCAGGGGUGAUGUUAACAUGGCCCAACGGUCUCAUAUAUCAGAUGUUUCGCAAUCAAUUUUUGGCAUUUUCUAUAUAUCAAAGCUGUGUGCAAUUUCUUCAGUACUAUUAUCAAAGUGGUUGCCUGUAUAGAUUACGUGCAUUAGGCGAAAGGAAUCAUUUAGACCUUACUGUGGAGGGAUUUCAGUCCUGGAUGUGGCGAGGACUGACAUUUCUUCUCCCAUUCCUGUUUUUUGGCCAUUUUUGGCAGUUGUACAAUGCAAUCACACUUUUUGGGUUGUCCAGACAUGAAGCAUGCAAAGAGUGGCAGGUUUUCGUGCUGGCACUCACCUUUCUCCUCCUCUUCCUUGGUAACUUUCUGACUACUUUGAAAGUGGUUCACACUAAAUUUCAGAAGAAUAAACUGAAGAAGCCAUAACACCUUUUUUUUUUUUCUUCCACUGGACUGUUUGACUUUCAUUAUGGCUAAGCUAAUCCACUCAUCUUGAAUCACAUACCAAAUGGCUGGAGAAGACAUAAGUGCCCCCUCUCCUGGAUGCCACAUUGUCUAUUCUAACAUUCAGUAAUAUGAAGUGUUGGUUAAAAGACUGGGUUUGAGCUGCUGCUCCCUAUUUCUCUCUGGGAGAGAAAUGUCCUACCAAAAAUUUUUAAGCGUCUUCUGCAUUGUUUUAACUCGUUCCCUCCUGAAUGAGUCCCACAACACAAUGCCACUUGAAUGGUUAUAUGUAUUUACAAUUGUCUUUAUAUAUAGCCUGCAUUGAUGGUAAAAAUCACUACUUUUAAUACAGGCUGUUCAUCUCUUGUCUGCACAGAAUACUGCCAUGUUUUCUUAGUAGUGCUUGCAUGAUCAUACUCCUACUGAUAAGGCGGUUCAUUAAUGACCUGUAGUGAGAAAUGCUGGACCUGUUAGGACGAGAAUCCCAAAGGAUGGAGUUGAACAGCUUUGCAGUGUAAUUUUUAAUUGAUAUUUUUUUUUGUUUUCUAUCCUCUUUGAAGGAGGUAGUGCAUUUUUAAUAUUUACAGCUGGAAACUAUGUAUGAAUAACGUCCCUACAGCAAAGGGAGACUGCCUUUUAAUUACACUGUAUGGUCAUACAAUGUUUACAUGAUAAUGCAGAAGCUGUUGGACAAAUGUCUGUCUGUAUGGGAGGAAUGAAAAUAAACUUUAAACUACAGUGCA